UUUCUUAUUUAUGUCUUUUUNUCAUGUGGGGUUUUGUAAUUCAGAGUCAAAGCCUGAAAUCUAGCAUCUGAAGUUAUCAUUUUGUUUAGUAAUGAGAAUUAGAGUUCUUACUUUUUUAAUUGCCCCUUAGUUAAAGGUUAAUCAUUCCAGAGAUUUAGUUUGUGAUUGUUGAACUUAAGAGUGUGUAAUUAUUUACUGGUAAAAGAGAGAGAGAGAGAUAAAGAAAAAGGGAAUCUCCUUUCUUUUCAUCAGUUAGGUGGUGAGCUGUUGUUACCUAGCCAAUGUCCUUCAAUUUCUCUAUGCUCUCUCUACUUUAAUUUUCUGAAAAGAUUCUCACUUUCUUGUCCUAAGGGGUUCACUUUUUCUUAAAAUUGAUCCUAGGGUUCUUGAAAGAGGAGAUUGGUUAAAUUUUAUUCCUGGUGAAUUGGAAUUCUUUUCUUUACCUUUUUCCUUUUGUGUUUACAAUAAGAAUUCUCUUUACCUUUAUUUAGUUCCCCAUCCCUUAUAGCUAUAAAAGCUGCCUGGGGUUUUGUUUGUGCCUUGUUGAGCCCUGCAAGAAAUUUACCAUUUAAUUUUUGGUCAAAGCCCACCUUUUCUGCUUCAGUUUAAAACAGAGUUCAUCUAAAUUCUGGGGUUUAGUCUUAUUUACUUAUUUUAUUAUAAUUUCAAUAUGGGGUCUGAAGAAAUUGGUUCAAUACCUGAAAAUGUUGAAGACAUGUCAAUUUGCUCGGUGGACCCUUUUUAUAGCUGUGGUUGGGGUCCAAAUUUUCUUGAAAAUUGUUCUCUGGUUCAUCAAAAUGAGUUUGCUAAUAAUCCACAAUAUGGAGUUAUGUCUGAUAAUCACACAAUGGGAAACUCCUCACAUUUGGUUAGAAAUUUUGGAAGUGAGACUUUCUCAAGGAUGGUUUCUCAUGAGAAUUCAGAAGAUGGGGCUUUAGGAUCUUUGCCAAAUGCCAAGAGGAAAAGAGAGAAUGUUGAACUGAAACAGAGGAAUGAUCAAAAUGUGGAAACUUGUGAAUUUCCUAAAGAAGAUGAUAAAAAUUUGCGCGGUAAGCAAGUGGCUAGCAAAACGAAGGCCGAUACCAAUAGUGCAGAGCCUUCUAAAGAGAAUUAUAUUCUUGUGAGAGCCAAAAGGGGCCAGGCCACUAACAGUCACAGCCUUGCAGAAAGGCUGAGGAGAGAAAAGAUUAGUGAGAGGAUGAAAUUGCUGCAAGAACUGGUCCCUGGAUGUAGUAAGAUUACUGGCAAAGCAGUGAUGCUUGAUGAGAUUAUCAACUAUGUGCAGUCACUUCAACAGCAAGUCGAGUUUUUGUCGAUGAAGCUGGCAACAGUAAAUCCAGAGCUGAAUGUGGACAUCGAACGUGUUUUGACUAAAGAUCUUCUACAUUCACAGGCUGGAUUAGGACCAGUUUUGGGCUCAUCUCAUGCUUUUAAUGGACUUCACAGUGGGAUAGCUCAGCCUUAUCAUCAUCCCUUACCCCCAAACUUAUGGAACAAUGAGCUGCAAAGUAUCUUCCAGCCGGAAUUCGAUUCUAACUCUUCACUCGGCAGUUUGGGGGCAAAUGGUUUGUCGAAAAUGGAUUUGUAGAGCUUGUCAGCGAUAUUCGGAGAUCACUUAUUUUGUAUAAUUGAAAAUUCCAGCAUUUAUGUACUUGGUGAUUAUAUAUUAUAUAGGGGAAAAUACUGUUUAAUUAAGUCCUCUGUGUUGUCUAGUGGUUUGUAUAGGUAUCAAGUCCCUAACUCUUUCAUGUUCUUCGGAUUUUAGCAGAAGAAAUCGCUGUUUAGAUUCACAAAUGUGUGUAAAUUUGUUUGAGAUACCUUCAAAUAUGAUGAUUGGUUUUGGUGAGUAUUUGUUAAGUACGAAACUGUCUGUGUUAACUUUAUAAGGAAUAUACAAGUAGA